GAAUAGGGAGGAGCUGCCUGGCGCAAGCGCAAUAUGCGCUACUGGAGAAUUCAUGUGGAGGUCAGAGUGAAUGCAGGUGUGAGUGUGUCCAGCAGAAGGAAGCAUGGCCGCCAAAGUGUUUGAAUCCAUCGGGAAGUUGGGCCUGGCCUUAGCCGUCGCAGGAGGCGUGGUGAACUCUGCCUUGUAUAAUGUGGAUGCUGGGCACAGAGCUGUCAUCUUUGACCGAUUCCGUGGGGUACAAGACAUCGUAGUAGGGGAAGGGACUCACUUUCUCAUCCCUUGGGUACAGAAACCAAUUAUCUUUGACUGCCGCUCUCGACCACGGAAUGUACCAGUUAUCACUGGUAGCAAAGAUUUGCAGAACGUCAACAUCACAUUACGCAUCCUCUUCCGGCCUGUUGCAAGCCAGCUUCCUCGGAUCUAUACCAGCAUCGGAGAGGACUAUGAUGAGCGGGUACUGCCCUCUAUCACCACAGAGAUCCUCAAGUCGGUGGUGGCUCGCUUUGAUGCUGGAGAACUGAUCACCCAAAGAGAGCUGGUGUCCAGACAGGUGAGCGAUGACCUCACAGAACGAGCAGCAACCUUUGGGCUCAUCCUGGAUGACGUUUCCCUGACACAUCUGACCUUUGGGAAGGAGUUCACAGAAGCUGUGGAAGCCAAGCAGGUGGCUCAGCAGGAAGCAGAGAGGGCCAGAUUUGUGGUGGAAAAGGCUGAGCAGCAGAAGAAGGCAGCCAUCAUCUCUGCCGAGGGUGAUUCUAAGGCAGCUGAACUGAUCGCCAACUCCCUGGCCACUGCAGGCGAUGGCCUGAUUGAGCUGCGCAAGCUGGAAGCUGCCGAGGACAUUGCCUACCAACUCUCUCGUUCUCGAAACAUCACCUACCUGCCAGCCGGGCAGUCUGUGCUCCUCCAACUGCCCCAGUGAGGCCUGCCCUGCCUCCACCUCCUCAGGCCACCUCCAUCGAUGGCUGCCUCACAGCCCCAGUCAUUCUGAACACCGCCUUAUUUCUGCCCCCACCCCAGAAAUCACUGUGAAAUUUCAUGAUUGGCUUAAAGUGAAGAAAAUAAAAAGCAAAAUCACUUCAGAGCUCUAAUUAUCAAA